AUGGAGUGUGCAAGUCUUAUUUGGCUUGAUGCAACAGUCAAUGCUUCAGAUGGAUGUCUUGCGAUUCAAAAAGAAUUUCAAUCGAUUAUGCCACAGUUCUAUGUCUUUGAAAACAUCUCGGAUUGUAAAGAAUACAUUGAAGAAAAGUCCUACUACGAUCGUAUAUUCUUCAUCGUUAGUGGUCGAUUGGGAUCUAACAUAGUCCCUCAUAUUCACCAAUAUCGACAAGUUUUUUCUAUCUAUGUCUUUUGCCAAGACAAACGAAGGCAUGAGUUAUGGGCGAAAAAGUAUUCUAAAGUGAGAGGUGUCAUUGUCAAACUAGAAGUGCUUAUCAAUGAAAUAAAGUCUGAUUAUACAAAACAUCGUAAUUGUCGAUUAGAUGAGCCAUUUCCGAUCACUUUUUACAAUCCAUCAGAUCCAGUGAUCAGUAAGGAAUUUCUUUAUUCAGAGAUGCUUCUCGAUUACAUUCUUCAAAUGAAAUCAAUGCCAGCUGAUAAAACUGACUUCAUCGACGGUUGUUUGCUUGGAUACUGCAACACGAGUGACUUAUCCAUCGUCACUGAAUUUCAACAGGAAUACGGUUCUGGGCAAUCUAUACGGUGGUACACACGCGAUUCAUUCCUUUCUCGUUUGCUGAACAAAGCAUUGAGCACAAUGAAUCUUGAUGUUUUAUUCUUGUGCAGCUUUUUUAUCCAUGAUGUACAAGAUCGAUUAGUCAAACAACAGUGCCGAUCAGCAAUUCAAGUUUAUCACGGUCAGAUAAUGACUUCUGAUGAACUACGAUUAUUCCGUGAAUAUAUCGGACAGCAUUUCUCGAUCAAUACUUUUCUUUGGACAACAUUUAAUCGUAAACAAGCUGUUUCAUCUCUAAGUCAGUUUCCAAUCAAUGAACAUCUCGUCCGAGUUUUAUUCGAAAUUCAUGCUGAUCCUAGGGCGAACAAUCGUAAAAGCUUUGCUAUGAUCACACAGUUAGCUUAUUUUCCGUCGGAGGAACAAGCACUAUUUCAAUUCGGAUGCGUCUUUCAAUUGCUGAAUGUUCAUUAUGACAAGGGACAUUCGGUAUGGAUUGUGAAAAUCGCAUUGACCGACGUUAGACAUGAUUAUGAUCAGACGAGUUUUCUCACUCGUGGAGAAAUCUUAACAAGUAUGGGUAAGCUUGAUGAAGCAGAAAAGUACUAUAUUCGUACAUUGAAUGACAUACCUGAAACUCAUCCAGACUUUGCUCGGUGUCAUUACCUACUUGGUUUUUUGCUGUUUUCGAAAGGGGACUAUGAACUAAGUUCGUAUUGGUUUCACGAAGUAUUGAAAUUUUUUCGAGCAGAUGAUCUAAACCUGGCCAACUCGUAUUAUUGCAUAGGCUGCAUCUAUCACAAACAUGUUAAUCAUUCUCAAGCUAUACAAUACUACGAAGAAGCGUUGCGUACCUGGCAGAGAAUAUCCGGUCAUAACGAGCCGAUUGAAAUGGCUGAAUGCUUGAAUAACAUGGGCUGCAUCUACGAAACUGACGGGUCCUACUCGAAAGCAUUAACAUGUUAUCAGCGAGAGUUAACCAUCCGAGAGAAAUUAAAGGCAUGCUUAGGGAAAACAUACAAUAAUAUUGGGAAUAUCUACUUUCGACUCGGUGAAUACAAUACAGCGUUAGAACACUAUACAUACGCAUUCUCGCUGAAAAUCAAAACACUUGAAACCAAUGAUGUAUCAUUGGUUAAAACGUUGAUAAAUAUCGGACUUGUUUACGAAUGCGAUCAUAAUUAUCAAGAAGCGCUGAAGGCAUACCAAAGAGCCGGUUUUUUAUUAGAAAAGAUUGCUCCCUCGGAACUGAAUCGUGAUCUUGAUGUUAAAGAUGCAAUUCAGCGUAUAUUAGCAUUACUGGAAGCAGACAAUCAUAUUUCAAAUAGUAGAUCAUCUAUUUCUGUUAAUAAAAUUGUUUGA